GGAAUCCAGUCCGGGUGUCGCACGUCGAUGACGCAGUAACAGGCCAGUAACAGCAGUUAGCUAUUUUGACAUCGUAACUGCGUUUUAACCACCGACUGACUUCAAAACGCAGGAGAUGUCCUCUUUGUGUGGCCCCAGCAGCAGCUGCCAAGAUGCAGAUCAAGCGGCAGCAGAGAAACAAGAGAAGGAGCAUCCUCGGGUUCUCAUCCCCGAGCUGUGCCGGCUCUUCUACCAGCUGGGAUGGGUGACGGGGACGGGCGGAGGCAUCAGUCUAAGACGAGGAGACCAGAUCUACGUCGCACCGUCGGGCGUCCAGAAAGAGCGAAUACAGCCAGAGGACAUGUUCGUGUGUGACAUGGCGGAGAGGGACAUCAGCUGUCCACCCGCCUGGAAGAACCUAAGGAAGAGCCAGUGCACGCCGCUCUUCAUGAACGCCUACACUAUGCGAGGGGCACAGGCAGUCAUACACACCCACUCCAAGGCUGCUGUCAUGGCAACGCUGCUGUAUCCUGGCAAAGAGUUCACGAUUACACACCAGGAGAUGAUCAAGGGGAUUCGUAAAGACUGCUCGGGCACCAACUACCGAUACGACGAGAGCCUCGUCGUGCCGAUUAUCGAAAACACGCCGGAGGAGAGGGACCUGACGUUCCGGAUGAUCCGAGCUAUGGAGGAAUACCCCGAGUCGUGCGCCGUCCUCGUGCGCCGCCACGGCGUCUACGUCUGGGGGGAGUCGUGGGAAAAAGCCAAGACCAUGUGCGAAUGCUUCGACUACCUGUUCGACAUCGCCGUGCAGAUGAAGCAGUGCGGGCUGGACCCCUCGGCCCGGCCCACAGAAGAACGGGGAAUAGUUUGACAUUCACCGCGGCUUUUUUUCUCCAAGACGGACGUGUUGCGGAAAGGUCAGCGGCGUCGGAUGCAGGAGAGCGAGUUGUAAUCCUUUGUCUCUCUCUCUCUCUCUCUCCCGGGGCGCCGCUUCACAUUUGAUGAGAUUUGACUGAGGGGAGAAGGGGGGCGGUUUCGGGGUCUGCGGGGAUCGAACGCCUGUGAGCUGCGAGCACCUGGAGGGGACGGGACGCGAGAAAAAAACACGUCGGGACAACUCUGUAAGGAGACGGCCGUCUGGUUCGAAUGCUUCCCGUUGGAUGACUCGUGCAGCUCGAUUGAUCCGAACGGGGAUAAACGCCUUCAAAUAAAUAAAAAAAAUCAAUCAAAUGCCAA